AUGCUCGACUUCUUCACUAUUUUCAGCAAGGGCGGCCUCGUCCUCUGGUGCUUCCAGGGCGUCCGCGGGCCUGCUGCCGCCGCCACCGCGCCCGUCAACGCCCUCAUCCGCUCCGUCCUCCUCCAGGAGCGAGGUGGCAACAACUCCUUCACCCAUGAGGCCCUCACACUCAAGUACAAGCUGGACAACCAGUUUGAGCUGGUGUUUGUGGUUGGCUUUCAGAAGAUCCUGACCCUAACCUACGUGGACAAGUUGAUAGACGACGUGCACAAGGAGUUCCGGGACAAGUACCGCAAUGAGUUCCAGCAGAAGGGAGCCCUGGGGCUCCUCAACGGCACCUUUGACUUCAAAGAGGACUUCCUGCGCCUCCUCCGGGAUGCAGAGGAGAGCAGCAGAGUCCGAGCCCCCACGGUCAUGAAGACGUUUGAGCAGUCUCUGAAGUCCCAGAAGACUGUCAAGUGUAUGAUAGAAACCCGAGGGGAGAAACCAAAGGAGAAAGUCAAGAACAAGAAGAGCAAAGGUUCCAAAAAGGAGGGAGCUGAAGCUGUCACAGCACCUGGGAAAGCAUCUGCAGGUGACAAGCAGCCCCCAGGAGCUGGGGACAAGGAGGAGCUGACCAAGGAUGAAAUCCUGCAGAAGAACCGGGAGGAAUUCUUCAGGAGACACAAGAAAGCUGCAGAGAAAUCCAGCAAAUCUCCCAAGCCUGAGGCCCAGAAGGAGAAAGGAAAGAAGCCCAGGGUGUGGGACCUGGGCAACUCCAAUGCCAAAGUUCUGGAUUACAGCAACUCUGCCACCAAUGGCAGCGCCGAGGCCGUGCCGGCCGAGGAGUUUGACCGCGACACAGCUCUGGGGGAUCGCAAUCGGGAGCCCGGCCGCCUCUACGACCUGGAGUAUGAGAGUGAGGAUGAAGCUGAGGAGGAGAAGGUCACUCAGAACACUUCCAAACCCAGUGCAAAGAAGGGUGGUGGCCUGGGGGGCAUGUUUGGCAUGCUGAAAGGCUUGGUGGGCUCCAAGAGCUUGACUAGGGAGGACAUGGACCCCGUGCUGGAGAAGAUGAAGGAUCACUUGAUUGCCAAGAACGUGGCAGCCGAGAUCGCGGUGCAGCUCUGUGAGUCGGUGGCCAAGAAGCUGGAAGGGAAGGUCAUGGGAACCUUCACCACCGUGACCUCGACAGUGAAGCAGGCCCUGCAGGAGGCGCUGGUGCAGAUCCUGCAGCCGCAGCGCCGCGUGGACGUCCUGCGCGACGUGAUGGAGGCCCAGCGGCACCGCCGGCCGUACGUCGUCACCUUCUGCGGCGUCAACGGCGUCGGCAAGUCCACCAACCUGGCCAAGAUCUCCUUCUGGCUGAUCGAGAAUGGCUUCAGUGUGCUGAUCGCUGCCUGUGACACCUUCCGCGCCGGCGCCGUGGAGCAGCUGCGCACACACACGCGGCGCCUGCUGGCCCUGCACCCCCCCGAGAGCCACGGCGGCAGGACCAUGGUGCAGCUCUACGAGAAAGGCUACGGCAAGGACGCUGCCGGCAUCGCCAUGGAGGCCAUCGCCUACGCUCGCAAUCAGGGCUUCGACGUGGUGCUGGUGGACACUGCCGGCCGCAUGCAGGACAACGCUCCCCUGAUGGCCGCGCUGGCCAAGCUCAUCGCCGUCAAUGCUCCGGACCUGGUGCUCUUUGUUGGGGAAGCGCUGGUGGGGAAUGAGGCUGUGGAUCAGCUGGUGAAGUUCAACAAGGCCCUGGCUGAUCACUCCAUGGCCCAGACUCCACGGCUCAUCGACGGCAUCGUCCUCACCAAGUUCGAUACCAUCGAUGACAAGGUGGGUGCUGCCAUCUCUAUGACCUACAUCACGAGCAAGCCAAUCGUCUUCGUGGGCACUGGGCAGACCUACUGCGACCUGCGCAGCCUCAACGCCAAGGCCGUGGUGGCAGCACUCAUGAAGGCCUAGAGCCAGCCCCACCCAGUGGCUGUGUCCCAGCAGAAGCUGCUUUACCCCAGCCCCACCUUGUCCUUCCCGGGUAGUGCAGAGCAGGAUGAGGGAACAGCAGCAGCAAGGAGGCUUUUUGGGGAUAAGAUUCCUUUCUCCAGGAAAAAGCUCUUGCCCUGGGUUCCUCCAUCCUGGCUGAGGUGAUGCCGGCUCCCUCGGGGGAGACUGAGGCCAGAGCUUUGUGUUGUUCAUGCUGCACAGGGUGGGGUGGGCAGAGCAGGGGACCUGCUGGCCUUCUAGGGGGGCUUGAAGGCAUUUUUGAGCUGCUUUGAAGGUUUUAGAUCAGGGCAGGGGGGGGAUUUUUGUCAGAAGGGAGCAGGGGGAGCGCUGCUUGGCGGCAGCCUUGGCUCUGCCUGCGUAAACUGCUGCUGGGGGCAGCUCCACCCAAGCUGAGAAACCAAACCUGGGAGCUGCUCUGUUGCCUUAAGGUCCCUGCUGGUCAUCACUGGGACUCUUGGAGCAGCGUUUGGGCAGGAGCUGCAGAGCUCUGCCUGCUCUGAAGCAAGGCAGCAUCCUGCCUGCUGGCCUCAGCUCUAUCUACUGGCAAAAAAAGGAGACAAACCCCCCAGUUCAGACUGGAAGAUACUGGUGGCUGCUUGCGCUUUCCUGCAACCUUUCUCCCCCCUCCACCAACCUUCUUGAGUGCCUCUUGAGCCCAGCCUGAAGUGCUCCAUGGGACAAAACCAAGCUCUGUGCCCUGGCUUGUAGCUGUGUGCUGCAGUGCAAUAACCCCAACCCCCCCCUGCUGUCUGCUCCAGACCUAAUUUAUACCCAAAUAAACCUGGGAA